AUGUCCUGGCUAAUGCUUUCAAGAGCAUCAAUGAUGCUGAAAAGAGAGGCAAAAUGCAAGCUCCUUAUCAGGGAGUGCUCCAAAGCCAUCGUCUGGUUUCUAACUAUGAGGAGGAAACAUAGUCACAUUGGCAAAUUUAAAAUCACUGAUGAUCACAAAGCUGGGAAAACUGCUGUGAACCUUACAGGCAAGUUAAAUAAGUGUGGAGGGAUCAGCCCCAGAUUUGAUAUGCAAAUCAAAAACCUAGAAAAAUGGCAGAAUCAUCUGCUCCCAUUCCAUCAGUUCGGAUCCAUUGGACUGACAAUUUUAGCUGGUAUCAUGGACCAUGAAGAAGCAAGAUGA